GAAAUAUUUCAUAACGUCACACGGUCACACGUUCGCCAGACGCGCUUUGUAAUUAGCGUCGUUAUAAUAACUCGCGUGCACGAUGACAAGUCUGACGUUUCACGUGAUUUUUCAUUCACGUUAGAGCGAACUCUAGUGGAAGCGAGGUGGAAACGUUCAUUGUGAUAGUCACGCAAGGACAAGUGAUGGAUUGUAUCCACAAGUACGGGAUUUGGAUGGCCGAAAUCCUUCAAAACAGGACGAAGAGCUUGGAGAACCUCUGGCUGCUCAUCAGCCACGUUGGUGGCCCAAAGGCGGCUUUCCUGUUCGUCUUCCCGUGUUCGUACUUUUUCUGCCGGCGUACUGGCGUCGCAGUGUUGUGGGUGGCCGCGGUGACAGAGUGGCUCAACUUGAUGCUCAAAUGUGUGCUUUUUGGUGAAAGACCAUUCUGGUGGAUCGGUGAAUCCCAAGCGUUCAUCAACAAGUUACCCAAGGUUAGGCAGUACUCCUCCACCUGUGAAAAUGGCCCAGGCAGUCCGUCGGGACACGCUAUGGUCACCGCGGCGGUCUGGUGGGUGGUGACCUCUUCCCUGCGGUCCUUCCUGUACCGCCAUAAUUGCAGUAUACCGGUCACCUAUAUACCCUACCUGCUCUACGGGACUUUGCUGGUGGUCGUCGGCAUCUCUAGAGUGUUUGUCUUAGCCCAUUUUCCGCACCAGGUGGUUACUGGUUCCAUUGCAGGUCUUGUGGUGGGAAUGUACCUGAACCGCAGGGUUCCAGAAAAGCGCUCAUUCCGGUUCUUUGUCGGUGUCUCCGUCUCCUUGCUCCUUGGCACGCUGAUAUUGAACGCAGGACUGCGGCAGCUGGGCGUCGACCUGUCCUGGUCUUUGGCAUUGGCGAAGAAGUGGUGCAGCCGCUCCGAGUGGGUUCGGCCCGAUGUGGCCCCCUUCACCUCAUUGGCUCGGGACUGCGGUGCCCUGCUGGGCCUUGGUCUGGCCCAGCGCUGGAAGCCCGGCGGUUGGCCGCUGCCCUGCUGGGCACAGACCGUGUCCACGGUGCUCUCUUCUGCGGCUCUGUACUUGGUGUGCAGCGCCCCGCUGCCGCUGCGACCGCCGGCGCUCUACUACGGGCUGUUUUUUCUCAAAUUUGCCAUGGUGCCGCAGAUUGUGGUGCUGGUGCCAGGAUUGAUCCAUUUCAUGAUGCGCAAGAUAAAGAGGAGCUAGAUUUUUGGAGAACUUUGCGUUCGGAUUUUUUGGGGUUGCUAUUUUUGCUUUUUGUCUUGAUAUAAAUUAGAGAGUCUCGAAUCCAACAUUUGAACAUGAUCCAAAUAAACUUGUGUUCUAGUUUAUUUGGAUCGUGUUCAAAUGUCGCAUUCCAUUUGGGCAAUGUCGUGAAAUAGCUUUAUAUUUUCACUUAACCUGACCUCAUACGAACCUGACGAUGCGGUAUAUGGCACACAAAUUGUAACCAAGGAUGCCAAUUAGAUUGUGGUGGCGUACCAUCAUGAAUUUAUUGUUAUAGUUGCUGUAAUUGCGGGGGCAAAUUAUCUUUAUGUGGGACAAAGUCGGUUGUAUUCCUAUCAUUUAAGUUGUCGCUUGUUGAUUGUCUUAUAUAGUGCCCUCGAAGUCAGUCAGCGUUGCAGACAAUAAAUGACUAAAACAUG